CACUGAACGGGGUCCCCGGGGCAGUGGUCACAGCAGCAAGCCUGACAGAGCUCAGGGAGUGUUCGGACGAUGCUCUCGGGCACAUGGUGGCGUUUUGGGGUGUCCUGGGAAGGGCUAAGAGUUGGAUUCAAUGAUUCUUGUGGGUCCCUUCCAAAUCAGGAUAUUCUAUGAUUCAGUUUCCUUUUUUCCAGCAGCAUUAGUGAUGACUGUCAGCAGUGCAGCUGACCAGUCUUAUACAUAUGUCCCAGAAAUACUGCAGUAACUGGUGUGGCCUGUGUGGUAGGACUGCAGAGAGAAAAGCUUUGGAGGUUUUAACAAGUAUAUUAUACAGAUUAAGCUACCACUAAUCAUGACCUGAAGGAAUGCAGCCAAAUGGUAGUUUAUCAGCUGAAGUUAUGCUGAUGGAAAGUUCCUUGACCUGGUGUGGCAUGAAACAUUAAUUAUUAAACAUAUUAAUACAUUCAUGCAUUAAACACUGUUCCAGUCUAAUUACUGUGGAGGGACUGUAAAUAUAAAUUGUUGAAACUCUACCUUGAGGCUUUUCCCAGCUCCAAAGGGUGAAUUACCUCCCACUGAUCUCAGCCAGGUCGAUUCUGGAGACUAAGUGUGACAAGUCAAUUGUAGCAGCCAGAUGUUAAAUAGUUAAUGCUCAAGUCGAUAGAAUGGCAUUUAAAAGCUCCACAGGACUCAGUGUGAAAUUGGGCCUUUGCUUAUUGCAGGAUCUAAAGGGACAUGAGAGAAACAGAGUAAAAAAGAUCAUGCAUGGAAGGACAGUUACAUCCAUGGAUCAUAAACCAUGAAAUAGAGCAUAAAAAUGGGAGGAAGGCUUAUCCAAUUCCAAAUUACAGUUGUUUGAACACUAAGCAGCUUAAGAAAGCAAGCAGAAUGAUCAUUCUCAUCCAGAACAGCAAACCACUACUGAAGUAAAAUCUUUUGGCUGGGAGUAGCUCGAUGCUAAUCCUUUUGAUUUAUAGGUAUUUGAUUUAUAGGUAUUACAGAAAUCAUGUUGCUGAUUUUCCUAAACCUGCUGUUUGGAUUGGCUGCAUCCCAUUCACCUGGAGAGGAUGGCCUGCUGGGAGCUCUGCUGAUGGGCUGACUGCUUUGGGAAUGCUUCAGAGAUUAAAGAGGAACGAUAUGAUGCAGAAAUCACAGCAUUUUAAUGCACAAGUAGAAUUAUCCUUCAGUAGACACAUGAGAAAAGGUUUCAUUUCUUUGAUGAAAAUACCAUUCACUACCAAAAACCCCACCAAACUACCUGCUGCUCUCCAACAGUAAGAUGACAUGACCAAGAGCAAGUUCUUGGUAAGUUCCAUAAAAAACUUUUCAUUUUAUCUCUGUCCAUAUCCUAGCAGUGUAAGCCAAGUGACAUCCAGUGGGGGUAAUAACCUGGAAUAUAAUAAUGAAUAAAAAAAAAAAACAAACCACCAAACAGCACAAAAAUCAAUAGUUCAAAUUUUGGAGCUCCUGAUUGCUGAGAGGAAAUGCACUGGUUUUAGUGCAAUAAUGUGAAGUCUGAAGGAACACUUGGGAAGUAUGAGCAAGGAAAAAAAUCACAUAAAAGCAAGUGGUAUUGUUUGUAUGUUGAGAAGGGCAACAAAACUAAUAUGGCACCCAGUUGUAGGUUUUACAAAACAAUACAAGAGUUGGAAAGGGAAAGGAAAAUAUAUGCACAUAUUAUACAAUGUGCAAAAAAUAUUUUGAGACUCUGUUUUGGUUGAGGUACAAUUAAAAAGUUGUUUGGAUUAAAGUACAAAUAUCCAUAACCAGUUUAGGAGCUGGUUGUUCUGUGGUCCCCCAAGAAAAGGAGCAAUCAGGAGAUGAAGUCUGGCAGAUGCAGACUACAGAUAGAGCACAUGUCUUCAGCACUGGGUGUAAUUAACCACCAGACUAACUUACAACACAGUCUGCUGCCACCCUAACUCUCCAGAUCUGGAUUAAAUUACCAAGGAAGUGCCGUAAUUCAAAACGAAAACAUAGCUACCAAAGCAGGAGGGUCCUGGAGGAGCGGAGCCCCCUCCUCAGAGACUGCAGGGCUCCUUCCCGCUGUGCCCGCACCGCGCUCCGGUGCCGAGUGACAGGUCCCAUCUCUCCCCGGCUCUUCCAGCGGCAGCUCCUCCCUUCUGGCCAGAUGGACAGCACGGCUUGGUCCGGGGCUCGGGGGGACCUGGCUCGGGGCAGAAAGCAGCCUUUUAUAGCCGGCCCGCCGCCACUCCGCUCACACCUUCCCGCUCCGCUCCCGAGCGCGCCGCCGGACCCGCAGCCCUCAGCCCAUGGCACCGCUGCCCCCGCUGCUGCUCCUGCUGCUGCCCGCGGCCCUUUCCAGCGGCGCUGUCGGGGCCGGCCGGUCCAGGCGGCCCAGGGGGAUCCUGGAGCUGGCCGGGGCCAUCCGCUGCACCACCGGCCGCUCGCCCUUCGCAUACCUGCGCUACGGCUGCUACUGCGGGCUGGGCGGGAGAGGAUGGCCCAAGGACAGGGUGGACUGGUGCUGCUUUAACCACGACUGCUGCUAUGGCAAGGCAGAACAGGCAGGUUGUCAGCCAAAGACUGAGAGUUACCACUGGGAAUGCAAAGACAAUUCUGCUGUGUGUGAUUCACUAGAAGACAAAUGUCAAAAAAUGGCCUGUGAGUGUGACCGUGAAGCUGCCAAAUGUUUUUCUAAAGCUCCGUAUCACAGGAGAUACCUUUUGUGGCCAGACUUCAUGUGUGGGGAGAUCCAGCCUCUGUGCAGGAAUUAGACAUCCACCAUCAGUCUUCAUGAAACCUCUGUAUGUAUUUAAAUCUAAAAUGACUUUUUUGUGUCACAGUAGUGACAAGUGAUGUUCCCCUUUGUUGAUGCUCCUUCUUGCCACCUCAGCCUCUCUACCCAAGAAUGGCCAAAGUAAACAUUUAUCCUCUCAUUUACCUUGUGGAGUGCCCUUUUCUUGACUAAACAGGAAUCUGAGUUUAUCAGAUUAAGACCCGACAACAUUAAUUUUGUUUAUAUUGAGAUGCACAGAUUUGUCAGAUUCAUAAUAUCACCUGCUAUGAACUUUUCAUCCUCCCUCCACUGACUAUAAGACACAAAUCAAACUCCUCAACUAACAUUUAUCUUAACAUCUGUUAACUCUGAACUGACUGGAAAAAUGCAUGAAGUGACAGUGUCAGCACAACUGCAUUAAACACAACUCCA